AUGAACGAAGAAUGCUCCAACUAUAUGAGCAGCGACAAACAGUACGUCAAAGAGCUCAAAGUUCUUCCGGUAGAACACAGAGGAGAAGUGUUCGAGGUCGAAUAUUUAAGAAGACCUAAUGCUACUGAUAUCCAACACUUGCUUGAAAUGCAUGAGCAGAGACAUGUUUCCCUGGCAUGUUGGGCAGUCUUGACUGUAUGCAUUGACAAUGGAAAAAUUGCUCCGUCGCUUGGAAAGAUAUGGCAUGCCUUUUUUGGGAUUGCAGGGUCAGGUAAUGAUAUCAAUGUACUUAACGAAUCGUCGUUAUUCAACGACGUCUUACAAGGGAAUGCACCCGAGGAUCCUAAGAGAAAAAUAUUUAAGGAAUGGCAGGAGGCCGCGAGAAAAGAUGUCGAUAGGGCAUUUGGGGUGUUCCAAUCACGAUGGGCAAUGAUAAGAGGUCCAGGACGAUUUUGGUACCAGGAUAAUUUGAAGAACAUCAUAUAUACCUGUAUUAUUUUGCACAACAUGAUUAUUGAGAAUGAUGGAGAUGCAGUAAUCUAUUGGUCGGACGAUAAAGGAGAUCCUCAAUCACAAAUAUUUCAAGGCUCUACUCAAGAAUUCCAAGCAUACAUCCGUAGAAAUUACGAGCUACGUGAUAAUCAACUACAUUAUUAA